AUGUGGGUUACUAAUUUAAAUCGGCUUCCAACUAGAGAUAGGUUGUCUGCUUGGGGUAUGCAAGUCCCUAUUAAUUGCUGCAUCUGCUCUCUUCACCCUGAAUCUAGAGACCAUAUCAUGCUCUCUUGUCCCUAUUCGAUUACUCUGUGGUCUGAGGUUGCUCGCAGGCUCCGUUGCGUGGUCCCUAACUUCUGCGACUGGGCUGAGCUUAUUCGUUGGGCUUGUAGUACAUGUCCUACCGCCCCUUCUGUGCUAAGAAUGCUUGUGGUGCAGACUCUUCUCUACACGGUUUGGCAGCAGCGCAACAAUAUGCUCUUCAACCAGACUUUGUCUCCCCCGCUUGUGGCGUUUAAAGACAUCAACAGGCAGGUUGUUAACUCCAUCACAGCACUGCGGACGAGGAAGAAAUUCAGAGCCCUCAUGCAGCUUUGGUUAAUCUGA